AUGAGUAAUGAUGUAACUCAGUUCGUCGAUGUGUUAAAUCAGCUGAAAUCUGGCUCGAAUUUUAUCAAACAAAAGUUCAACGGGAAGAAAUUCUCGCGGCAAUUUUAUCUUCAUGAACGUGAAGGUUACAUUUCCUACGAGAAAUCACACAAAUUGUUUGGUAAACCGAGGAUUUAUCAUGUCAAAGACAUCGAUGAAGUUCGACCAGGCAUCCGUGGACCGAGAUUCGAUCAUUUGCUCGAAAAACGUGUUAUCAAUGAUAUGGAUGAUCAACGCGUUUUUACAAUAAUGUACGACAAUCAUCGAAAAGAAGAACAUCUAAUUGCACCUGAUUUCAGUACACGUGAGUUAUGGAUUCAAGGUCUGCGACAUCUAAUGGAUCGACAUGCGCAGAAGACUCAAUAUCAUUUGAUUCAAGAGAAAAAAUGGAUUUUAGAUUUCUUUCAUGCUGCGGAUAAGAAUCGAUCAAAUACAUUGAGUAAAAAUGAAUGUCGAGAAUUACUUGCCAAUAAAUUCAAUGUUGAACUGCCACAGCAUAUAUUCGAACAAAUGUUUAAUAAAGCCGAUAAAUCGAAGGAAGGACUUUUAAAUUCAGAUGAAUUCAUCAAUUUUUUCCAGUUAUUAACUUGCCGAAAAGAUAUCUGUGCUAUUCUAAAAAAACAUGCCAAUCUUAACUACACGCAACCGAUGGAAACUGUUUUCAUCAAUGCUAAUCAACUACUAUCCUUCCUACGAUUACACUAUAAACAGACGAUGAGGUUGAUCAGUCUCGAAGAAGUGCAACAGUUAAUUCGUGAAUUUGAGUUGAAUAAAGAAUUACGAGACAAAAACUUAUUAGGCACCGAUGGUUUUCGUAAUAUGUUAUUAUCUGAAUACUUUGACAUCGUUAGUCCAUUUCACACUCGUCAUAUAUAUCAAGAUAUGACAAGACCGUUAUGCGAUUACUAUAUCAACACUUCGCAUAAUACUUACUUGUUUUACAGUCAAAUAUCGGGUGACAGUAAUCCAGAAGCUUAUAAUCGCGUUUUACUUAUGGGUUGCCGGGCAGUUGAACUUGAUUGCUACGAUGGUGGUAAUGGUAGUCCAAUUGUCAAGCAUGCUCAUACAUUAGUGAAGCCAUGUUCAUUUGAAUCAAUCAUUCGUUCAAUCGAGCCGAACCUCUUCAAAGCCUCACCAUAUCCAGUUAUUUUAAAUAUUGAAAAUCAUUGCUCGUUAGAACAACAAAAGAAAAUGGCAUUGAUUUUGAAAAGAAUUCUCGGUGAUCGUUUGAUCACCAAACCAUUGCCUAGCAAAAAUCCAUCGGUUCUGCCAUCACCAGAAGAUUUGAAACAUAAAGUUCUUAUUCGAAGUAAGAAACUAUCAUCAGUAGUAAAACGUCAAGAUGAUGAUGAUGACGACGACGAUAAUGACACAUUACUGAAUCCAUUGAGCAAAGAUGUUCAACCUGACUUAGCUGCAUUAUUUGUAUAUUUGCAAAAUGUCCCGUUUCGUGAAUAUGAUUAUGCCAGAGCGAAUUAUUCAUCGUUUCAAUCAUCGUCAUUAGCAGAAAAUCGUUUCUACAAAUUUGCACAGAGCGAUCCCAUUGGUCUAGUUCAGCAGACAACUUGGCGUCUUCUUCGGUUAUAUCCAGGUGGUUUAAGACAAGAUUCAAGUAAUCCUGAUCCAAUCAUAGCAUGGAACUUCGGUGUUCAAAUGGUUGCUUUAAACUAUCAAAACGAUGAUGAUAUGACCGCACUUUGUCACGGUAAAUUUCUUGAUAAUGGUGGUUGCGGUUAUAUCUUAAAACCGGACUAUUUGCGUCAUGCCGAAGACACACAAUUCAAUCCAUGGGAUAUCGGAAUGAAUUUCGAUCAUUCUCAAACUGUAACGAUAACAAUCAUUAGUGGGCAAUUUCUACCUCGAUCAAAUUUGAAAUCAUCUGAUAUACCUGAUCCAUUUGUUCGCUUAUCAACACACGGUAUGCGUUGUGAUGAACAUGUAUUAAGAACAAAAGUUAUCAAUAAUAAUGGAUUUGAUCCAAUUUGGAAUGAAAUGUUUCGUUUUCGCAUCAAAUUUCCUCAAAUGUGCCUCAUCUACUUUUGUGUUAUGGACUAUGAUGUGAUCACGAACAAUGAUCGAUUGGCAUAUUUCUGUUCACCGAUUACAAUGCUUCAAACAGGCUAUCGACAUAUUCAUCUACGAGCGAAUAAUUGCGAUCAAACUUAUUCAACUCUAUUUGUUCAUGUAGAUAUUCAACGUGAUGGUGUUUACGACGACGGCGACAAUGAUGAUGAUGACGAUGAUGAUAAUAUCAUCAGUACAAGAUUAUAA